GGUGUAAGGAGGAGUGGUGUGGAGAGAGGAAGGCUGCACAACACCAUACAAUACCGGGCCUGCAAUAGCGUGAUCACAGGGGUGUAAGGAGGAGUGGUGUGGAGAGAGGAAGGCUGCACAACACCGGGCCACCAGUAGCGUGAUCUCAGCUUGACAGGUAGCGUGCCCCCUGUUAAUUCAAACAGAGGUGAACCCAUAGGAAAAACUAAUGUGGUAGAGGUGGCAGCAGCGGUGACGUCACGUCCGGGGUGAUGGCGAGGAUCAGCUGAGUGUGUCGUCUGCCGCCGCCGCACGCUGGCCGCCGCCACCACACCUUCCCCACACACGCUCGCCUCUUACUUUAUGCCUCAUACCGCUCUCUCCUCUUAUAAAACAACCUAAACAAGACGUACUGAGCAAAUUUAAGUUGGUGCGCUCUCACAGGCAAUCUUCCGAGCGUAUAACUUUGUUUUCUUGAUCCGUACUGCACACAGGCCAAGAAUAGGCAGUGAUGGGUUCGCCCUCGACCCUGUGAGGAGUAAGACCUGGUGUAACGGCCUCGCACUAUUAGUCUGGCUAUGCAGCAAAGAAGUCUCCCUCAUAACCAGAACUACCAGCUCACACUGACAAUUAACAUAGUUCAUUGUACGCAGAAUAGUGGGUGUGCUGGUGUCAUUGGCACGGGGGCACAUUUCCUUUGAUGAUGUCAGAUACAUGCUGGAGUAUCCUUCCCCGAAGAAUUGGAAUUCAUGCGUGGAAUCUGCACCUCCAUAUGUUGCAAUAAUGUCAAGUUUAGCACAACAGUUGGCUGCCAAAAAAGGAUCUUUGCAUCACAUUCAGACUCUAGUAACUACACCUGAUGGUCAGUCUGUGAUUGAAGAAAUGUGUUCUGAUGGAUCUCACAAAGUGUUGGCUGUACCUUCUGUCAAUCCUGGCUUUGUAGUUGAUACUAAACCUGAUCUUCGUUAUGCUCAUAUCCUCAACAAAGUCAUCUUAGGGUCUCAAGAUGUUGCUCAUGACCUUGAUAUUCUCACCACUAAUAAAGUUACACACAUAUUGAAUGUUGCUACUGGGAUAAUAAAUCUUUUUGAGGGAUGGUUUACAUACAAAACCAAAGAAGUGUUUGAUGUGCCAGGAUGCCGGAUAAUUGAUAUAUUUGAUGAGUGCUGUGAUUUUAUCCACACAGCAGUUGUCUCGGGUGGAUGUGUUCUGGUUCACUGUAAUGCUGGCGUUUCACGCUCGGCCUCCAUUGUAAUAGCAUAUCUAAUGAGACACUACAGUAUGAGUUUUGAUGAAGCCCUUAGAUUUGUAAAAUCAAAGAGGUCAUUCAUCAGGCCUAAUGCAGGCUUUCUUGAGCAAUUGAAAGAAUAUGAAACAAAAUUGGCCUUAUUGUAAUCAUUCAUCAUUUAUUAUUAACCAAUAAUUUUGGCUAUUUUUAGUGGCAGACACUGGAAAGCUUAAGUAGAAUUUAUUUUUUGUUUAAUAGGGGACAAAAAUAUAUUACUUAAUUAACCCUCAGGCUGUGGUCAUCGACCUGUGUUGAUUCAUGGGGUAAUAUGGAUGUUGUUAUAUGACGAUUUAAACAAUUAUUGUCCGGGUUUUACACAUUUUGAUGCAGAUAAGGAUAUAAUAGGUCUAUGGGGAUGUAAUGGCAUUUACAUUGUCCUUUGAAAUAAAUCCUGCUGCUAUUUUAUGUUUACUGCCA